UAUAUAAAAUCGCUUGCCAGUGCAAAGAACUUUAGCACUUGUAAUUAAAUUACUUUCUCCGCUUCAACUAAAAUAAAAACUUCUGCACGUGUUCAGCACUCUACAAAACCGUGCGCAAUGAAAUCCGUCAAAGUUUCCAUCCCCUGGCUGCUGCUGAUUGCUAUCGUUGCAGUUACUGCCCUGCCCCCGGCCAAGAAGGCCGAAGUCCGGCGGAACAUUCGCCAGUGCUCGGCCGAGGCGGACGUUCUGACGCGGGAUUCCAUCAAAGUGUUGAAGGGCGACUUCAAGAACAACGGCGAAAACAUGAAGCAGUUCGUGGUGUGUAUGUUCCGCAAGAUCGAGUUCCUCGGCGACGACGACGAGUUCGACGACGACAUCAUCCGGGAAAAGCUCAGCGAGAACAUCGACGAGGACGAAGUGAGCACACUGAUGGACAAGUGUGCCAUCACGAAGGACAAGCUGACCGAUACGUGCUGGGAGCGGUUCAAGUGUUUCUUCAAGAACCACAAGGUGCCGUCGGAUAUGAUGGACUUUUGAGGAUCGAGAGCGGA